AUGAGGGCAACCACUAUAUCGCCAAUCUCCAAGCGACUCUUCUUUUCCUUCUCCUCCAAGGCUCUCGAGUUCGACUACCUCUACGGCAUAAACCCAGUCGAGUGCGCCCUCCACGCCAACCGCCGCCACUUCGAGUCGCUCUACCUCUCCGACUCAGAACACAUCGAGCUCUCCAGCCGUACCGCCAAGAUGAUCCAGCUGGCCAAGGCCACCAGCAUCCCCAUCAUCUUCACCCACAAGGACAAGCUCGCCCGCAUGGUCAAGCAGCAACCGCACCAGAAUAUCGUCCUCAAGUGCUCCCCUCUCGAACUCCUCCCCGUCAAAAGCACCCUCAGCUUCAAGCCAGGAGUCUAUGUCUUCUGCGACAAGAUCACCGACCCCCAGAACUUCGGCGCCAUCCUGCGUUCCUGCCUGUUCUUCGGGGUGGAGGCAGUCUUCACGGGGAGGAAGCACCACUGCCCCCUCAACCCGACGGUGAGCAAGGCCUCAGCGGGGGCGGCAGAGCUCAUCCCCACCCACCUCGUCGAGAAUAGCAGCUAG